CGUGAGCGAGCGCCGUGAUGCGUGCGCAUGCGCAAGCGAACAGAGGUGGCCGUUGUGCGUGGCGCUGUACGUGUAGUCGUGGUGGCUGAGAGGCCGAUAGCAGUUGGCAUGGAGCAAAAGCAGCCGGAGGAGGACGACGACUUCGCGCUGGCGCUGCAGCUCCAAGAGCUGUGGGAGGCGGAGGGGGACGCGGCGGCGGCGGCGGCGGCGGCUCGUGCGGAGGCUCCGCCGGACCCCGCGUCCCUCCGCCCGUUGUCGGUGGUGGACGAGGCCUGGGAGCUGCUGGACCCCAGCCCCGACGUGCACGGGCUCUUCGUGCAGUUCAACGAGGCGCUCUUCUGGGGGCGGCUGGCGGCCGUGGAGGUGUCCUGGAGCCCGCGCAUGACCCUCUGCGCUGGAGUGUGUAAAUACGAAGGGAAUGGUGGAAUGUGUUCUAUUCGUCUGAGUGAGCCGCUCCUGAAGUUAAGGCCGAGGAAGGAUCUUGUUGAGACACUGUUGCAUGAAAUGAUCCAUGCCCUGCUUUUUGUUACUAACAAUGACAGAGAUCGUGACUCUCACGGGCCGGAGUUCUGCAAACACAUGCGUCGCAUUAAUCGUUUGACUGGAGCCAACGUCACAAUCUAUCAUAAUUUUCAUGAUGAGGUAGAUUCGUACCGGCAGCACUGGUGGCGAUGCAACGGCCCCUGUCAGUAUAGAAGACCUUAUUUUGGGUACGUGAAACGUUCAAUGAAUAGAGCACCCUCUGCACGAGACUUUUGGUGGGCUGAGCAUCAAGAGAAUUGUGGGGGUACCUUCACAAAAGUGAAAGAGCCUGAGAACUUCUCUAAGAAAUCCAAGGAGAAAACUGAGCCAGAAAAACUUCAGAAUUCCAAGCCAACUAACAAAGGCCUGGUGCAUUUGGGUGAUAAGAAAGAUCCAAAGCCUUUUAGUGGGAAUGGGUAUCGACUUGGAGGAGCAGACAGUGGACUCUCAGAAAAAAGCUUAAAGUUCAGCAGCAGUGUUAAAACUAGUGAAAGAUCUGGUUCACAGCAUCGUUCAGCAGGAAGCACAAUACCAAUUCCUAAAAAUGAGAUAAAAUUUGAAAAAUCACCCCGUCACGAUACCUUCUUUCCUCUCUUUACUGGUGAUGCUAGUGAGAAAAUGAACUUAGCUUCAAAGCGAGAGUUUCCUAAACUCUCUGUUGCUAACACAAAAGCGUACAAGAAUGUUAAUGGAUCUCCUGUUAAAGUUGCUCGCGUUGUGGAAGAAAACUCAAACCAAGGUUCUGCAAAAGGCAAGAGGGUUUUGCCACCGUGCUACAGCAGGUCACCAAAACAAGUUUGUUUUCAGCAGACGGCAGCAGCUCAGAUUCUGUCUGAGAAGAAAAGCUUGGAAAAUACGGCGCAGCAAUGGCCAAGGAAGGAAGACAAAACUACGUUUGAAAAUUAUUUCAUAAAAAAGGACAACAGUGAUGUGACUUUAAGUAUAAAAGCACCUAUGAAAACUAAAGCUGAAUCUGCAGUGAUCUCUCCAAGAUCCAGCACUGCUGACAGGCAAGAAGAAAAUGUCAAUUGUCCUGUAUGCCAGACUGAGGUUUUGGAGUCUAAAAUAAAUGAGCACCUUGAUUCUUGUCUUGUUUGAUCACAAGACUCCUCCUUCUGGAGUGCUGUCUUGAAGAAAAAAAAAUAGUAAAACGGGAAGCACUGCUUGAAAACUACUUUGCUCAGGGUAUGCAUUGCUGUGGCUAUUUCUCUCUGUGCUUGUCCUGAACUAGAAUUUAAACUACGGUCAGCAUGCUGAACAGUAAGUUCUGUGGAGCUGCACAUCAGCACUGACUAUAAGGCUAGCUGCUGCUCAUGUUCCAAAGACUCUUAACCUUGUUUCAGGAAGAGGAUGUCUGUACUAAUGCCUUGCUGCAGAACCAAGGUAUCGCAAGAGAAGGUGGAUAUUGACUGCAUGUUUUCGUAGGUGGUUUUUAAAAUUACGGUGUUCUAAAUCCUGUUAAUUUAUCUUUGCUCCUUGGACUAUAAUGUGUUGUUUCUAGUGUAUUUUUGGCUGUUCUUCAAGUUAACCACCUGUAAGGGGAAAUAAUGAUUUACUGCAUUGGAGUUAAACAGCAGGAAUCUUUAGAACAGCAAAUAUUUUGUUUAAGCCAUCAUUAGAUAUUCAGGUGGUCCUUCUCUCCCAUGAUCUUCCUGAGAACAUAAAAGAGAAUCUCAAGGGCUUUCAUCGAAGGUGAGAGAAGCAUAGGCACCAAAAACAUAGCAAACCACCAGUUUUAAGUUUAACACGUGGAUUGUACAGCAGGAAAAGAGAAAAUCCAGAAGGUCAAUAAAGAUAAGAAACCAAAGGAUGCUUGGAAGACAAGGAGAGGGCUCUAAGCUUAAGGGCUCAAUUUAAAAAGAAUUAAAGUAAGCUUUGUUUUCAAAAGGGUUUGGAAGUUAGCUGUGCUGUUAAAAGGGUGGACAAAUGCGAGCUAACGAGUUCCAGUAUUCUGUGUGCCUUUUGGGUCCCAGCUAGGCCUUCCAGCUACUUUUCUCUGAUGUUUUGCACAAACUCAUUGAGAGUUCACUAUUUUCAAUGAUGUGGUUAUUAAGUACAUGAGUAACCACCCCACAUUAUGUUGACAGUGAUAAGUCGUGAGGAGUGUUGGUAGCAGUGCUGGUAAAGACUUAUUUGCCAUGUCAUAAAAGCUUCCUUUUGCUCCACUGAAAGUAUUUAACUGGUUAAACAAUUAACAGCUUGAUUACUUAAGUAUAAAAUUAGUUAUAAAUAUUUUUGUUGAAAGAAGAAGUAUGCUUUCUCAUAUGACAUUACUACUACAACUUUACAUGGCUGUAUUAGCUGUAGAUACACAUCUUUUUGCCUUCUUUUUUAAGACUAGGGAACAAACUGAUGUGGAAUAGAAGUUGGUAAAUGAUACAUUUACUCUUUUUAAAUACGGGUGUAUUUUAAAAUGUUGACACUAAGGAUGUUUAACACGGAUCAGAUUGUUCAUGUAUGUUCUAAAUAAAUUGGUUCUGGAUUCUACA